AUGAUAUUCGCCAAGCAAAACCCGCGUAAUAGACUUCCCCCGAACUUCGUGUGGGGUUUCGCGACGGCUGCCUACCAGAUCGAAGGUGGUGUCAAUGAAGGUGGCCGCGGCCCUUGCAUUUGGGACAAAUUCAUGCACCUCGAACCCUCUCGCACUAACGGGGUCAAUGGUGAUGUUGCUUGUGAUCACUAUCAUAGACUUGAGGAAGAUCUUGGGCUUCUCGCCAAGUACGGCGCAAAGGCCUACCGUUUCUCUAUUGCUUGGUCGCGUAUUAUUCCACUAGGUGGCCGUGAAGAUCCUGUGAAUGAAGAGGGAAUUGCAUUCUAUAACUCGCUUAUUGAUGGUCUCCUUGCCAGGGGUAUUCAGCCGUGGAUUACAUUAUACCACUGGGACCUGCCCCAGGCCUUGCAUGACCGAUACGGCGGCUGGUUGAAUGUUGAAGAAGUCCAGAAGGACUUUGAGCGCUAUGCUCGUGUGUGCUUUGAAAGGUUCGGUGAUCGCACCAAGAACUGGAUCACGCUCAAUGAGCCCUGGAUUGUUUCAAUCCAUGGGUAUUCAAUCGGCAUCGACGCCCCGGGACGAAGCAGCACUAACAAGAUGUGUUCAGAGGGCGACUCAACCCGCGAGCCCUGGAUCGCUGGGAAGGCUCUCAUCAUGGCGCAUGCCCGCGCAGCAAGCCUAUAUAACAAGGAGUUCAAACCCACGCAAGGAGGUAGGAUUGGUGUUUCCCUCAACGGCGACUAUUUUGAGCCCUGGGAUUCCGAGGACCCUCGGGACCACGAAGCGGCCGAGAGACGAAUGGAUUUCCAUCUUGGCUGGUUCGCGAACCCAAUGAUGCUUGCCCAGGAUUAUCCGGCGGCUAUGCGCGCGCAGCUAGGCGACCGGCUUCCUGCUUUUACAGACGCUGAACUUGCCCUGCUUCGUGAUGCGGAACUUGAUUUCUACGGCAUGAACUACUAUACUGCUCAAUUUGCCCGUCACUGCUCUAUCCCAGCUGAGGAUACAGACUACAAAGGCAAUGUAGACGAGCUUGCGGAGAAUAAAGCUGGGGUCCCAAUAGGUGAGCCUAGUGGGAUCUGGUGGUUACGCCCUUCACCUGAACGCUUUCGCAAACAUCUUUUAAGGGUCUAUAAGAAAUAUGGAAAGCCUAUCUAUAUUACUGAGAACGGCUGCCCGUGCCCCGGCGAAGAGAAGAUGACUAAAGAGGAGUCCGUCAAUGAUAAGUACCGCCAGCGAUACUUUGCUACCCACUUGGAUGCCGUUAUUGGCGCGAUCCAGGAUGGGGCGAAGGUAUCUGGGUACUUCGCGUGGUCGCUAAUGGAUAAUCUAGAAUGGGGUCUGGGAUACAGCUAUAGAUUUGGUGUAACGUACACGGACUACGAGACACUCGAGAGGACCCCAAAGGAGUCUGCGUUGAAGCUCCGAAGCAUGAUCGAGGACAGAAUGAGCAUAGAGGACACGGUUGGUUGA